AUGUCAAAUCUACGCCAUCAUUGUCCUCAUCUGCCAACCAGGCUCUUUGACACGAACGAGAAGCCAUGUCGUCUUUCUGAGUAUAUGGAGAAAUACCCCCUUUAUCCCAACAUUCUACCUAGAGAAUCAUACAAGCCCAGCACAGAGUACCAGAAGCAGCCAGUGCCAAUGGAAGCCCUUUCAACAACCAAGAGAGAUUACAUCCCACAUGAAGUCUUCCGUAUUAAACAGAAAGCUCCUGAUCAAUAUGUCAAGAAAGAUGAAUGUAUGGAUCUACAGUCUACAUAUAGACAAGACUAUAACCCAUACCAUGUAUCUCGAGUGCCUCCUUGCUUGCCCCAGGAACAAAAUUAUUCUUCUGGUGAGAAGAUGACCGGAGUUCCAACAUAUAAAACCGAUUACGUGGCAUGGAAUCAGCCUAAAAGAGAGAUGAUUAAGCCAGAUAACAGUUACCGUCCACCAGAAAAAAAAUUUGAUCACAGGACCACUAACCAGGAUGCUUACCAAUACAAAGGGCUGGUCACCACCAAGAACUAUAAGCCUGUAAGGCCUCUUCACAUCUCAAAGGUCCCCUUGGAGAGCAUGACCAAUUAUAAGUUGAAUUAUGUGGCUCACCCCAUCCCACAGCGCUUCGUCCAUACACAAGAGCCAUUCAAGAGCUGCGAGGUCCCAUUUGAUGGGCUCACUACCCACAACCUUUCUUACAAAGGGUUAGCAGGAGAGCCAGCAAAGUCCGCAAAACCAGAUUAUGUCAGGCCAGAUGCAGGCAAUUUUAUGGGCACUACUGAAUUCAAGGAGAAGUUCUUAGCGUGGCCGGCAGCCAGUCGCUUCACCAGAAAGCCGGCAGUUUACACUCCUCCUAAAGAGAAGAUGGACCUCCAGACAUCAGCACAGAUCCACUAUGGAGAUCCUCAUGGGCGCCCAGCAACAUCAUGUAAACCCUUGGGCCGGGUCGUCGAAUACACAGAACCCUUUAGCCACUGUUCCACUAUGAAGGAAGACUUCCAGCAUUGGCACGCCGAAAGACCCAAGCCCAUCGUGCCUCGUUCAGAGCUCACCAUGCCCUCCGAGCCCAUGGACCUGAUGACCUCCUUCCAAACCCAUUACGUUCCUCACCAGCUCCCUUCCAUAAAGAGCUUCCGGCCCCGCUUGCCAGUGGCCAGACCUCAUGUGCCAUUUGCUGAGACUACCACCUAUGGCACAAGUUAUACAGCAAAGGAAGUGCAUAUAUGUCCUGCCUCUUUCAAAGAGCCGCCUGGUUACGUUUUCGAUAAGGUCGACGAAGCUGGCCAUAGGCGGUUCCGUCCAACAACCGUGAUGCAAUCCCGACGUGCAUCAAACUCAAAGCUUGCUGAUUACAGAGGCCACUCUAGCAGCCAGCUAAAUCACAGAGGUCUUCAAGACAUAGGGUUGAAAGCUUGA